CCUUAAUCUUUAAGCAUAUCUCUAUCUAUUGGUUGAAUUAAAAAAUGAAUGCCUACUGGAUCGAGAUUCAACUUUUGCAGAUAAAUUACUUAUCUGCUAAGCACGACCCCCCAAAAAACUACGAUACGUUGUUAUCUGGUAUCGUUUUCCGCGUGGACUCAUAAAGAAAACCAAAGUAUUUUACGUAUGCCGAAUACAAUAAGCCCUUGUACUUGUUCAUAGUCACCACGGCCUAUCGCCACAUAUAUCAAUUGCCGUAUAUAAAUGAUAAUCCCAUGGAACAAUCGAAGCCCUUUACUUGAACGGCUCCUUCAUGCAGAUAAGACAUAUCUCAAAUUUAGUAGUCGAUUGAGACGCAACCCUGUGCACUAAGUCAAACUUUAAAUAGGAGAACCACACAAUUCGCACCGACGAUUCCACACGAACAGCAUGGAAAAGUUAACGAGGGGAUCCAGUAAUAUCGAAGUACAAGGUAUGAGAAUCUAGCUUGUACAUUGUCAUCUUUCAAUAUCCCCGAACAAUGCAAAAACCAACUAAGAUAAAACCCAACAAACUUAAGGUUUAUCGUUCUCUAACAUAGUCCAUUUCCAUCAAAUUUUUUUCAACACAUCAGGUAUUAUCUUCUUAUCUUUAUCUUCGUUUUUCCCGCAUACGUACUAUACUCCACGAAGCAUUCAAUGAAUGUAACGACGAUUCUGUUGAUAUACAACUGUAGCUUUUAUCUUAUGGACACAACAUUAUAGAUUGCCAGAGUAGAGUAUAUACUUUAGAUUGCGUAAUAUUAGCCACCCUGCAUACCCUUCAAAUUCAUUGAAUUUCCUUUCAUUUUUGACAUAUUGUGGUCGGAUAUUUUAUGGGAUAUGCAUUUUCGCAAUACGGCGCUUUUUUUGUGAACUAUGGGGCUCCUCUUAUCUUGUUGAGAUUUGGAAUUGUGGUAGUCAGUGGCUUUGGAAUAUACAAAUAAAAUGGUAUAAGAAGACCACAAGCUUCUCUGUUCAGUAGUUUGUAAUUCUCAUUUAAUACUAAUCAUUGUAAUAUGCUGAAUCAAAAGGAAGUGAGCGCCUUUGGCGUGACAUCUUCUCACGAACUUGUAUCCUCUAAUUCUAACUCUAUUGUCGAAGAUAAUUAUGAUUUCGAAGAUCCUAACAAUUAUUUUACCUUCUAUGUUGAUGAACUCAACCCUAAGGGGUUAAGAAAGCCCACUCCUACCGAAACAAAAACUCUCAGAAGGGUGUUAGGACAUGCUCCUUACGCAGUCUAUCUAUUAUGUUUGAUCGAACUUGCUGAAAGAGGUUCCUAUUACGGUGUACAAGGUUGUUUGGCCAAUUUUGUUCAAAGACCAUUGCCUGCCGGUAACAAUACUGGUGCUCCUCCAAAAGGUAGUGAACAACAGGCCGGUGCUCUUGGCCUUGGAUUACAAGCUUCCUCUGCAAUCACCAAUUUAUUGGGAUUCCUUGCUUAUGUCGUACCAUUGUAUGGUGGUUUUAUUGCUGAUACCAAAUUGGGUAAGUUUAAGUCCAUUUGGAUCGGUGUUAUAGUUGGUGCUAUAUCUCAUAUUUUGUUUAUCAUUGCUUCUAUUCCUCUGGUCAUUGAAAGUGGUCAUGCCAUCGCCCCUACCGUUAUUGCUGUCAUCUCGUUGGCUAUUGGAACUGGUUUCAUUAAGCCAAAUUUGUUACCACUUUUAAUGGAUCAGUAUCCAGUUAAAAUCGAUGUCGUCAAAGUCUUACCAUCUGGUGAAAAUGUUAUUGUUGAUCGUCAAAAGUCCCUUGAAAGAAUGACUUUAGUAUUCUAUUGGGCUAUUAACAUUGGUGCAUUUUUACAAUUGGCCACCUCUUAUUGUGAAAGACUUAUUGGGUUUUGGUUAGCUUUCCUUGUUCCAGGAAUCGUAUACAUGUUAUUACCAAUUGUUUUGUUCUACUUGCAAACAAAGGUUAGUAGUGACAAGCCAAAGGGGACUGUUAUUGAAAACGCUUGGAAGAUUUCACGUGUUACAUUCAGAAAGGGUUGGAUUUCAAGAAUGAGGUCUAAGCAACUUUGGGAAUAUGCAAGACCUUCCAAGAUGUUAGAAAGAGGUGAAAAAUAUUACAAGGAUAAGAAACAAUCCCCAAUCACUUGGGAUGAUCAAUGGGUUUUGGAUAUCAAGCAAACAUUCAACUCCUGUAAGAUUUUUAUUUGGUUCCCAAUUUUUAACAUUAACGAUGGUGGUAUUGGUAACAUCCAAACGUCUCAAGCUGGUUCCAUGUAUGCAAAUGGUGUUCCAAACGAUUUGUACAACAAUUUCAAUCCAUUGACUAUCAUUGUAUUGAUCCCAAUCUUGGAUUAUUUCGUAUAUCCAACUUUAAGAAAGUACAAGAUUGAUUUCAAGCCAGUGUACAGAAUUACCUUUGGGUUUGCAUUGGGUGCUUUAUCUCAAGUCGUUGGUGCCAUCAUUCAAUAUUAUGUUUAUCAAACAUCUCCUUGUGGAUAUUACGCCACUAAUUGUGAUGUGGGUGACUUGGUUUCUCCAAUAUCUGCUUGGGUUGAUAUCAUUUUACCAAUCUUACAAGCUUCUGGUGAAUGUUUUGCCAACACAACUGCUUAUGAGUUGGCUUACACUAGAUCACCACCACAAAUGAAAGGUCUUGUUAUGGCCUUAUUUUUAUUUACUUCAGCAAUCUCGUCCGCAAUUUCUCUUGCAUUGACUGCCACUUUGGUCGAUCCUCAUUUGAUCUGGUCUUUUGGAUCCAUGGGUAUAAUUGGAGCCGUUGCAGCUGCAGUAUUCUUCUUUCAAUUUAGAUUCUUGCACGUUGAAAUGGAAGAAGAAGCAAAGAUCAGAGAAGAAAUGGCAAAAUAUUCAGAGCUUCCUGAUUACUCUGAAUCUGAAGAAAAGUAUGUUGGCCUUGUUGAUGAAAAGAAUCUCGUUCCGGUAACUUCUAUCAAAUCUGCAGUAGGUAAAUAGAAAAUAUUUAACUUUUUAAGAAUAAAAGUUUUCAAAUUUGAUUAUUGCUAUAGUACGCCGUACAAACGAACGGCUGAUGGAAUAGAUAAUCCGAUGUAACAUCUAAAUCCGCAAAACAGUAAAACAGAUUUUGGGGUGUAAUUAAAACAUCCCUAGGAAUUUGAUUGAUAUACGUUA